AUAUGCAUUAAGCCAAACGCAAAUGAGUACAACACAAGUACAUACAUAUAGACUCUUCAUAGUAAGUCAUACUCCCACUGCUUGCAAUUAUUUUGCAGCUGCUAGCUCUUCCAUAUUUCAAAUGAGUCUCUCUUCCACCAUCAACAUGACUCACUUUCUAAAGGACUCAAAAUUAUGUAUCUUUAAUGGUCCUAAUCAAGUUCACCUUUCACGCACCAAGGGGCACCUCUUGUUAUGCCAGCUUUCUAUGGAUCAUCAUCAUCAUCAUGAAGCUGAUCAGUCGUCGUCAUGGCCAUCCGUUAAAUCAUGUGAUGCAAAUUAUGUUCCAUUGACACCCAUAAGUUUCUUGGAAAGAGCAGCAAAUGUUUUCAGUGAAAGGACUUCAGUUAUCUAUGGCUCCUUCUAAUCUGUGAUGUACACUUGGGAAGAGACCCAUGAUAGGUGCCUGAAGCUUGCUUCUGCUCUAGUUCAUCACUUGGGUAUUUCUCGUGGGGAUGUGGUUGCAACAAUAGCCCCUAAUGUACCAGCAAUACAAGAGCUGCAUUUUGCAGUACCAAUGGCCGGAGCAGUUCUUUGUACAUUAAACACACGUCUCGAUUCAGCUAUGAUAUCAACACUUCUGAUGCAUUCAGAAGCAAAGAUCAUAUUUGUGGAUCAACAGUUUCUCCAACUUGCUCAAGAAGCCCUUUCUCUUCUUGCUAGCAAGAACAAGAAAACAAAACCACCUCUUCUUGUUGCAAUAAUCUCAGAAAAAUCUAACAAUUUCCCUCCUACUUGUGGGAACUCUAACAUUUAUGAAUAUGAAAGUCUACUUGGAAGUGGGAAUAGCAAUUUUGCUAUAAGGUGGCCAGUAACUGAACUUGACCCUAUAAGCAUUAACUAUACUUCUGGAACAACAGCAAGACCCAAAGGAGUUGUUUACAGUCAUAGAGGUGCAUAUCUCAAUUCUAUUGCAACAUUUUUGCUUCAUGAAAUGACUUCACUACCUAUUUAUCUUUGGACUGUUCCAACAUUUCACUGCAAUGGGUGGUGCCUGAUUUGGGGUCUAGCAGCAGUAGGUGGCACUAAUGCUUGUAUCAGACGUGUAUCUCCAAAAGAAAUAUUUGAAUGUAUUUCACUGUACAAGGUGACACAUAUGGGUGGUGCACCUACUGUUUUGAACAUGAUAGUGAAUACGCCGUCGUGCGUCCGGAAGCCACUUCCACACAAGGUGAAGAUUAUGACAGGUGGUUCACCACCACCACCACAAAUCCUUUCAAGAAUGGAGGAGUUGGGGUUUGGAGUAAAUCAUUUAUAUGGACUAACAGAGACGUAUGGUCCAGGUACAUAUUGCUUGUGGAAGCCUGAGUGGGAUUCUUUGCCUUCAGAUGAAACAUUAACACUGAAAGCUAGACAAGGAGUGCAGCAUCUUUGUAUAGAGGAAGUCGAUGUAAGAGAUUCUGUAACCAUGGAGAAGGUGCCCGCGGGUGGUGUAACAACGGGAGAAGUUAUGUUUAGAGGAAAUACAGUAAUGAGCGGAUAUUUAAAAGAUGUAAAAGCAACAGAGGAAGCUUUUAGAGGUGGAUGGUUUCAUAGUGGUGAUCUUGCUGUAAAACAUCCUGAUGGUUAUAUAGAAGUUAAGGAUCGUUUGAAAGAUAUCGUAAUCUCUGGUGGAGAGAAUAUAAGCACUGUUGACGUGGAAAGGGCUUUGUAUAGUCAUCCAGCUGUGCUUGAGGCAGCAGUAGUCGCUCGACCAGAUAACCACUGGGGACAGACACCUUGUGCAUUCGUGAAGUUGAAGGAGGGAUUCAAUCUAAGUGCACAAGAAAUUAUCAACUUCUGCAGGGAUAAUUUGCCUCAUUACAUGGCACCUCGGACAGUUAUAUUUCAGGAUCUCCCAAAAACUUCAACUGGAAAGAUACAGAAAUUUAUCCUAAGGGAGAAGGCCAAAGCCUUGGGCAGUCUUUUCUGAACGAAAUGAAGCAUUAGCACUGGGAUGACUCUAUGAAGGUCAUUAGCUAAAUAGUCAGUGUAUCAUUCUUCAUGCUAUUCAGUUCAAUAUUGUACAUUGCUAGUAAUAACUUUCAUUUGUAUAUUUAAGUUUAUAUUCCAGCAAGAGAAAUGCUCUGUUCCACCAA